AUGAUUGCUAAGGACCACGGCAACUACAACUUUGGUUAUGAUAUUGUUGAUCCUUACGGGGCCAAAAAUUUCAGGAAAGAGCAAGGUGACGGCUACGGAAACAAGGUUGGUUCCUACGGUCUCCACGACAUUGAUGGCCGAGUACGACUUGUAAAUUACGUAGCUGAUGGUCGUGGUUUCCACGUUAAAGUCCAGUCGAACGAGCCUGGAGUUUCCGGUCAAGAUUCAGCUUACGCUAUCUAUAAUGGUCGUGACCACGGAGGUCAUGGCGGUGGGGUGAUCCAUGCAGGCGGAUUACGUAUUGCUCAUGCUCCAGUCGUGGCCAAAGUGCCCGUAGCUGUUGGAGGCUAUGGUUAUGGCCAUGGGCCAGCCACUGGUCACGGAGGUUACGGAUAUGGUCAUUAA